AUGAAGCAAAUAUUUAAAGCCUUCUGGGACAGGCCGAGAGCACACCUGGGAUUCGCAGCAUCGUGCAAACCUACUGAUGCCAAGAGCCUACAGAUUGAGACCUUAAGGGAGGUGAAUGGAGCCUCUCAUGAUUGGGCCAGAGUUGUGCGACAACACAUUUGGAAACCCAUCUUG